GAAGUGAUGGCCCAGGCAAAGGAGAAGAUUAAAGCAUCAGAAACCAACAAUGAAGAGGACCAGACCUGGGACGUACCAGAAAAAGACUAAAAAAAUGGUGGUCCUAAAUAAGCUCAAAAGAGCUAAAGGAAAACAUGGACAAAGAACUAAAGGAAAUCAGGAAAACAACAGGUGAACAUGAAGUGAAUGUCUCUAGAGAGAUGGAAAUAAUGAAAAAGAACCAAACAGAGCUGAAAACCACAGUAACAGAAACUAAAAAUUCCUUAGGAGGGUUCAGCAGCAGAUUAGAGCUGGCAGAAGAAUUGACUCAGUAAAGUUGAAGAUAAGAAAAAUUGAAAUCAUCCAGCCUGUGGAGCAGAAAGAAAAAAGAAUGAAGGAAAGUGAACAGAGCCUGAGGAAUCUAUGGGACAUACACCAUCAGGCAUAUACCAAUAUACACCUCUGGUAAAGAUAUUGACACGGGCUGGGUUUCCAUAAUGGCUGAAGCAAUGAAAUCUCAACACAUUAUGGAGGCUUCACAUGCUGCCAGAACUCUGGCUAAUCUAGACCGAGAAACUGUGCAAGAAAAAUAUCGUGAUGGCGUUUAUGUGCUACACCCCCAGUACCGCACAAGUGAGCCGAUUAAAGCCGAUGUCCUUUUCAUUCAUGGCCUGAUGGGAGCAGCAUUUAGAACGUGGCGCCAGCAGGACUGUGAUCAGGUUUUAAUUGAAAAGGCGUCUGAGGAUGAAGAUAGGUAUACGACGUGUUGGCCCAAGACAUGGUUAGCAAGAGACUGUCCUGCUCUUCGAAUUAUAUCUGUGGAGUAUGACACAAGCCUUAGUGACUGGAGAGCAAGAUGCCCAAUGGAAAGAAAGUCCAUUGCAUUCAGAAGUGACGAACUUCUUAGGAAGCUCAGAGCUGCUGGUGUCGGGGACAGGCCGAUGAUCUGGGUAUCUCAUAGCAUGGGAGGUCUUCUUGUCAAAAAGAUGCUGUUGGAAGCCUCUAAGAAGCCAGAAAUGAGUACUGUUAUAAACAACACCAGGGGAAUGAUUUUUUACAGUGUUCCUCAUCAUGGAUCCCAUUUGGCUGAGUACUCUGUUAAUGUUCGCUAUCUUCUUUUUCCCUCCUUGGAAGUCAAAGAACUCAGCAAAGAUUCUCCUGCACUUAAAACACUACAGGAUGACUUUUUGGCAUUUGCUAAAGGCAAAAAUUUCCAGGUGCUGAAUUUUGUAGAAACACUCCCAACCACUAUUGGCAGCAUGCUUAAACUCCAUGUGGUAUCUGUGGAAUCAGCAGAUUUAGGUAUUGGAGAUCUAAUUCCUGUGGAUGUUAACCAUUUAAACAUUUGUAAGCCAAAGAAAAAGGAUGCUUUUUUGUAUCAACGUACCUUACAAUUCAUCCGUGAAACUUUAGCCAAAGACCUUGAAAACUAAGCCGUCAUCUUCUGUUUUUCAUAUGUGAACACAUGGCAAGAAAUCUUGUGGUUUUUUUUUUUUUUUUUUUUUUAAAGCUCCAAGCAACCAUGCAAGCAUAGUGAUGAUGGCAUCAACACAGUCUGGAAUAUGUUACAGGCAGCAGAACACUGUUCUCAGUUCAGGAACUGGAAAGCAGAGAAAUAGCAGUCAAAGGAUGAAGGACUAAGAUUCCUUCAACUUACGAGAAAUGCCUUGUGUGCCUGUUUGUUCCCCAGUGUUGUGCCUACAGGCAGGGAUGGGAGCUGCCAGGGAUGAGAAUAACCUUUCUCAUCCAUGACUGGUUCUGGGCUCACACUGGGAGGGGCACUGGUGGUGCUGAAAGGAGAACCAUCGUCAACUCAUCACAAAAAUGCUGCUUGCAGAGUACCUAAAAUGGAGAGAAGGAUGAACCAGAACAUAAAAGAGACAGACUGGUUUUUUUCCUAGGGAUCCAUGUGCUGUGAAUUUUUAAAACAUAGUGUAAAUCGUCUACUGCUUUAUCAUUAACUUGUUAUGCAUGGCUCAGUUUUGUUCUGUGUUUUUAUUUUCAUAUUGCUGAGAACAAAUCUUUUUUUUUUUUUAAUAUUUAUAUGAAUUCUUUCCAGGCUGUGGCUACCUAUACUUAUAAUUUGUCCCAGAUAAGGAUAAAGUAGCUAAUCCAUUAUUGAUCAUAGUAUGAAAUAAAACUUCUAAGCCAUUAUAUAUAUUAAUAAUAAUAAGAGCCUCAGAUUUUAUUUAGCUAAAUGUAUCUUUCUUGUUCACUGGAAGUAGUAUUAAUUGACCUGGAACAUGUGAGAAAUAGGAAAUCAUGUUGGUGGGCUUUUCAAAAAAGUAAUUUUAAUAAUCAAGCUAUCACUGACAUAUAAUAAAAUCCAUCCUUUUUAAGUGUACAGUUCAUUAGUAUAUUCAGAGUUGUGUAUUAGUUAUAUCACUAAUUUCAGAAUAUUUUCAUUACUCCCAAACAAGUAACCCUAUAUCCAUUAGCAGUCACUCUCCAGUCCCCUCUUCUCCCAGCUCCUGGCAACCACUAAUCUAUUUAGGGGCAUUUCCUAUUAAAGGAAUCAUACAAUAAGGCCUUUUGUGACCAGCUUCUUUCAUUUAACAUGUUUUCAAAAAGUUUAUCCAUGAGGCAGUACUUCUAUUUUUAGCUGAAUAAUAGUCCAUUGUAUGGAUGUGCCGCAUUUAGUUUAUCUGUUCCUCAGUUACUGGACAUUUGAGUUCUUGCCAUUUUGGGGCUAUUAUGAAUAAUGCUGCUAUUAAGAUUCAUAUACAAAUUUUUGUGUGGGUAUAUAUUUUCCGUUCUCUUGCGUAUACGCCUAGGAAGGGAAUUGCAAAGUCAUACGGUAAGUCUGUGUUUAACUUUCAGAAAAUGGUGGAUUUUAUAGAAUGGGAUAGUCAAAGCUAAAACUAGGGUACUAUACCAUCUGAAGGUAAACUGGGGUCAUCCACCAGUAAGCCCUAAGAACAACUAAUGUUUACUUUUGCAACAACACAAGUGACUUAACUACUGGUUUUAUUGUGUAGAUACAGUGAAUAUUUGAGGCAUUCCCCCCUGAGUUUUCAUCUCUCUGUAAUAUGAAAGACUUCUGUGUGAUUUGGUUUUUGAUAUUUGGUGUAAAAAUUAUAUCCAUGAGAAAAAUGUAAACAUAGUCAAUAAAUGUCAUUUUAAAGUACUUACA